AUGAAUGAUCUAGCAUCAUUAAGAACAUUACGAAGUCAAUGUGCUUAUAAAGAAGAUGUUGAUGUUCGGAGAGGAGAAAAAAUUACUGGUGGAAAUGGUAAAGCACUUUAUAGAGCAGAAUUUAUUACUACAGAUGUUAUUAAAAGAAAAGAUACACCAAUUGUUUUACUUGAAAUGAUAGGAAAUGAUGCAGUUCUUGAAAUUUAUCACUAUAUUACACUUUCUCAUCCAAAUAUUAUUGAAACUUAUGGUCUUGUUAAACCAAAUAUUGAAACAUUAAAUAAUCAAUCAAUUUUACUUUUACAAGAAUAUGCUAAAGAUGGUGAUCUCAGUAGAUUAUUAACUGAACGAAUUUUUAUUCCAUCAAAAUGUGUACUUCUUGAAAUAUUUAUUCAAGUAGCCGAUGCUAUGGUUUAUCUUUCGAAAAAUAAAAUUAUACAUGGUGAUUUAGCAUGUAGAAACGUAUUAGUUGUAAAAUCUCAUCCAACGAAUCCAAAACAGAAUUUAGUUAAAUUAAUUGAUUUUGGUUUAACACAAAAUGAAACAAUACCAGCACAUGUAGAAAUUAUAUAUCCAAUACGUUAUGCAGCUCCAGAAAUUCUACGUAAUAAUGGUCGAUCAGGUUAUUCAUCAAAAUCUGAUGUUUAUUCAUUUGGUGUUCUCGUGUGGGAAGCUUUUUCUCCUGAAAAAACAAUGCCAUAUGAUUUUAUUUCGAGUGAUGAUGAAGUUCGACAACGAAUACUUAAUGGUGAACAAUUGAGACAACCAAAUAAUUGUGAUUCAGAGAUUUGGGCACUUAUGGUUCAAUGUUGGGAGAAUAAGCCUGAAGAUCGACCCAGUUUUGAAACAAUACAUUCAAAAUUAAAAAAUAUUCAAAAUAAAAAUAUAUCAUCACCUCGAUUGAAUAAUAAUGUUUCAAGUCUGUUUAAUUCUAAUUAUAAUAUUGAUCAAACUAACACAUUGCAAUACAUAGAUGAUACUCAAACACUCAAUUAUGAAGAUAGCUAUAAGAAUUCACCAAGAUUAUCAUUAUCAUCUUCUUCUAAAUCAGAUGAUGAAGGUGUUUUGCCCUGUGAAUUUUGUCAAACACAAUAUUCUGUUCUUGAGCUCGUCACUCAUCAGAUAAACUGUUCGGAUAAUCCACAAAAUUAUAAAAUAAAAUCAGAUAGAAAUCCUAGUCAAUUAUCUUUUGAAUCAAAACGUCCAUAUUCAUCAAAUUCCAAUCAAAAUAGACACACUGAUGAUAGACCACAUCAAUAUGCCUGUAAUAAUCCCAUUUCAAAACAAAGAAGUAUUGUCCCUGACGAAAAAACUUCUAGUUCAAAUACACCUAUUCAAAAGAGAAUAUCACAAUCAGAUACAGCACCAUUGCCAUGUGAAAUUUGUAAUAAAUCAAUUGAUAAAUCACAAUUUGAAAAACAUCAAAUGCAAUGUGCUAAGAAUGAUAAAGAUCGUAUUGAAAAUAUAAGAAGACAAAUUGAAGCAGAAGAUAAUCCAGAAUUUUGUAAUGCAAAAUAUUCAAUAGAUGAAUUCGAUAAUCAUCAGAAUACUUGCCGAUUGAAUCGAUCGAAACCAACAUCUAUGAUUAAUCCAGGGAAAUCUGAUGAAAAUUCCAGCAAUAACAAUGAAAAACCGUAA